CUGGCCCCUCCCACCACCUCGCCGGGAUCCGUGGCCGGGCGGCCGGGGCUAAGCUGGGAGCUACUGCUUUGGGGGUCGAAGGAUCACGUGAGGCUUCUCCCUGCUUGGGGUGGGGACGAAAAGGUAAACUAGUCCUUUGACAACAUAGAUUCAAGUCUGAGUUAUAAAAUAGUGAAUUCCUAAGAAGAAAAUAAUGGAUUGCCUAAUAGUUAUUGUCUAAGUGUUUGGACUCAGCAGCGUGUAGGUUUUUGCACAGGCCAAAAGAAGAUGGCAACUCCUUAUGUCCCAGUUCCUAUGCCCAUAGGGAACUCAGCUUCCAGCUUUACAACCAACAGAAACCAAAGAAGUUCUUCUUUUGGAAGUAUCUCAACAAGCUCAAACUCUUCCAAAGGCCAAUUAGAAGACACAAAUAUGGGUAAUUGUAAACAGACAAGUGUACCUGAUCAAAUGGAUAGUACUUCAUCUGUCUGUAGCAGUCCCCUCAUUAGGACUAAACUUACAGGUGCAGAUCCUUCCAUUGAGUAUUCUACUAGACCAAAAGAAAAUGAAGAACAAAAUCCUGAAACAGUGAAUUGGGAAAAUAGACCUUCUACACCUACUAUACUGGGUUAUGAGGUGAUGGAAGAAAGAGCUAAAUUUACUGUAUAUAAAAUACUAGUAAGGAAAACCCCAGAAGAAAGCUGGGUAGUUUUUAGAAGAUAUACUGACUUUUCUAGGCUUAAUGAUAAAUUAAAAGAUAUGUUUCCAGGCUUUCGAUUAGCACUUCCGCCAAAACGCUGGUUUAAAGAUAAUUAUAAUACCGACUUUUUAGAAGAUAGACAAUUAGGAUUACAAGCAUUUCUUCAAAAUUUAAUAGCUCACAAGGACAUUGCUAACUGCCUUGCAGUAAGAGAAUUUCUUUGUCUGGAUGAUCCACCAGGUCCAUUUGAUAGCCUCGAAGAAAGCAGGGCUUUCUGUGAAACUUUAGAAGAGACAAACUACCGUUUUCAGAAAGAACUACUUGAAAAACAAAAAGAAGUAGAAUCACUGAAGAAACUGCUCACUGAGAAGCAGCUUCAUAUAGACAUGCUAGAGAACAGACUCAGAACAUUAUCCUUAGAACCUGAAGAAUCACUUCACAUGUCAAGAACAGAAGAACAAGAGAUGUUAAAGAUGGAGUCCUCUGCACUUGAGGUUGACCAGGAUGUCUUGGAUGAAGAAUCUAGAGCUGAUAAUAAUCCAUGCUUAAGUGUUAGUGAACCUGAAAAUUCUUUGUCAGAGAUAGAAGUAGCAGAAGUGGCAUAUAAUACUGAAGAAGACUAAUUCAUCACAAGAAGUUUCCAUCAUUUUUGUUUUGGCAAAUUUAAAAUAGAUUGACAAAUAUUUAAAAAGAAAAAAAAUAGACUGGAAUAUUUGUAGAAAAUAGCUAGAAUGCAAAUGUAUAAAGUUUAUAUAAAGAAAAGUUUUUUUUUAAGUUAUUGGAAUAGAAAAUAUAUUCACUACUGCUUUAAAAUGUUUUAUCCAACCUUUGUAUUUAAUAAACUAAAAAAAUCUAGUUAUUAGAGUUCUGUUAUCCAGGGCCACAGUCUUAUAUACUGUGCAAGAAUUACUUUGGUGUUUUGCCAGUAUAUUACUCCAAACUAAUGUGUGCAUGUGUUGUGUGCGUGUGUUUAAAUCACUUAGAAUGGACAAAUGGACAUUAAUUGCAUGUUGCUAUGUCUACUUGAUAGAUAUUUCUUUGUAACUCUGACAUGAUAUAUUUUCAUUAGUGGGUUAAAUCAAUGGUAAAGAUGAAUUGAGUUUUAGAUAUUGACAUGUUUACUAUCUUUAAAUAAAAAUUGCUUAUUUGAAAUG